UUCUACGUCGGGCACCUCCUCAUCUUCGCGUACGGCUGGUUCAAGCAGGCCAACGAUGCGCGCCUCGCCGGCCUCAACUCGCUCCAGUACAGCGUGUCGAUCUCGCGCGGCGCCGGUCUCUGCCUCGGCGUCGACGGCCUCCUCAUCGUCCUGCCCGUCCUCCGCAACUGCAUCCGCAUCGUGCGCCCGCUCGUCAGCUGGGCGAUCCCGCUCGACGAGAACUUGUGGUGCCACCGCCAGUUCGCCUACUCACUCCUCUUCUGGACCGUCGUGCACACGACCGCCCAUUACGUUAACAUGAUCAACGUCGAGCGCACCCAGAUCCGCAAAGAGACGGCCUGGGCCAUCCUCUUCACGCAGCCAGGCGGCUUCACGGGCCACGUCAUGCUCCUCCUCAUGCUCGUCAUCUUUACAACGGCGCACCACAAGAUCCGCGCCCAGUCGUACGAGGCCUUCUGGUUCACGCACCACCUCGUCGUCCUCCUGCUCCUUGGCCUGUACGUCCACGCAGUCGGCUGCUUUGUCCGUGGCGCGCUCCCGGGCCAGCAAGUGCGCUGCCUCGGCUACAACUCGUGGAUGUGGACCAUCUGGGGAGGUGUCGCUCUGGUCGUCGAGCGCGUCACUCGCGAGAUUCGUGCCCGUCGCCGCACCCUCCUCAUCGGCGUCCUCCUCCACCCGCAAGGCGCCAUCGAGCUCCGGUUCGUCAAGCCGUCGUUCAGCUACAAGGCCGGCCAGUGGCUCUACCUCAACGUGCCCGAGCUGUCACGCUUCCAGUGGCACCCGUUCACCAUCUCGUCGGCGCCCGACGACCCGUACAUCUCGGUGCACAUCCGCCAGGUCGGCGACUGGACCCAGGCCCUCGGCGCUCGUCUCGGCUGCACCCCGUACGCCGCCGCCUCGCUCUCGGCGUCGGGCAAGAGCCGGACGAGCUUCUUCCCCGUCGCGCUCGACGACAAGCUCCCCGUCAUCCGUGUCGACGGGCCGUACGGCGCGCCGGCGCAGGACGUCUUCAAGGCCGAGGUCGCGAUCCUCAUCGGAGCCGGCAUCGGCGUCACGCCGUUCGCUGCGGUCCUCAAGAAUAUCUGGUACAUGGAGCAGCAGCACAAGCUCGGCGCCCUGCGUCGCGUCAUGCUCGUCUGGAUCGUGCGCGACACGAGCAACAUGGCCUGGUUCGCGUCGCUCCUUCGCCAGCUCGAGCAGGCCCAGACCGACCCCGACUUUCUCUCGAUCCGCCUGUACCUGACGCAGCGCGUCUCGCCCUCGAUGCUCACCAACCUCGCCGUGCACGCGCACUCGCACUCGGGCGACCUCGACCCGGCCGACCCAGCCGGCGACGCCAUCACGGGGCUCGCGGCGCCGACGCACUUUGGGCGACCCGACUUUGGCGCGCUCCUGCGCGGCGUCGGCGAGGGCGUCGAGCGCGGCACGUUCCUGCCCGGGAGGGAGAGCUCGCUCGAGACGACCGUCGGCGUGUUCUACUGCGGGCCGGACGGGCUCGCCAAGGAGCUCAAGGGCCACACGCAGCGCGCGGGCCGCAAGGGCGUUAGGUUCACGUUCCGCAAGGAGCACUUU